AUGUCUCGGCGACUCGUCAACCGAGCUCGCAGUAGCAUCCCAGCCGCCAGCCAGUCGCCUGCACCAACUUCGGCCGUCCAGACUGUCGAGUACGAACCGCCCUCAUUCCCCCUCACAGAUGCAGCCGCCGCGAAGCUGGGCGAGCUAUCACGCAACCGCGAGACGCUCGCGUACCAGGUCCAGAUAAAGGAGUCCCUGCGGCAGCUAGCUCUGGCCGUGUACGACGUGAACAGCCGACUACUCGCUGAGCGGAACCGUCUCGAGCAGAUGCGCACGCGCCGCCAAGACCGCGGCACCGACAAGCUACCGGAGGAGGACCGCCUGGAGGCGCACGUGGCCGACCUGGAGACCCAGGUCGAUGCGCUUUCGCGGCGUUGCGAGGCAGCCACAAGGUCGGCCAUUGACCAACGAGCCGCGCUCGAAGACGAGGCAACCCUGCUGGGCGAGCUGUACACGACUGCCACCACGAGGCGCACGCAGGAACCACCGGAGGAGCAACACGGUGAAGACAACGAGGAGCAGCAGCAGCAGCCUCGGUACGUUCCUAGCACCCUCGAGAGCCUACGUGAGGGAGCGUCCCGCAAGAGGCGGGAGUACGACGCCAUGCCCCACUACCAACGAUACGCUCUCGACAACGACUACAUUUCGUUCAAGAAGCUUUGCCACGACGGCAUAGCCGGUGAUGAUGGCCCCCCGCUUCCCGACGCCUCGAGAUGGUUCCGUGACGAUGGGACUCCCAUCCUGAGCACUGCCACGAACACCAACGGUCAUGGUGCCGGUGCCGAAGGGGACGGCGACGAUGACGAUGACGACGUGGCUGUGGCCCGCGAAGUCAUCAGCCUCAACUGCCCGUUGACGCUGCGUCUGCUAGAGGAGCCCUACAGCAACAAGAAAUGCAAGCAUACGUUUGAGAAGAGCGCCAUCCUGGACUACUUGGGCAACAGCACGGGGCCCAUGCAGUGUCCUCAGACGGGCUGUGCGGAGAUGUUCACACGCCGAAACUUUAACCAGGACUUCUACCUGGAUGAUGUUAUUAUGCAUCGAGUUCAGCGCGCGAAGCAGGCGCAGGACGCUGAUGAGAUGGAUGUAGAAUCCGAGGCCGGCGAUGAGGUAUGA